AUACCCGCUUUACGCAGGCGGUCCCUGAAUUGAAUCUCUGUUCUGGCUAGCAAACCGUCGUGGAAGUGUCUUUGACAAUCUCCAAUUUCCCGUUACUGCGUCUCUGCUGAUCAUGCACGUAUAGAGCUAACCAAAUGGAGGGUCCGAGUCCUUGUGCCACAGAACCCGGCUCCCAAGACUCCCACAACGCCUUUGUUUGGGACGAAAGCUCUCAGCUUUAUUUCCAUGCCGGUAGCGGAUUUUACCAUGACCCGACCGCUGGUUGGUACUAUAGCACUCGGGACGGUCUUUACUACAAAUUCGAAGAUGGAAACUACGUGCUUCUUCCCUCUCACCAGGCUGAUAAUUUGGAAACAUGUGAAACCCAAGUGACUGCUUCUGAGAAUCCCAUUCAAAGAGAGCUUUUUGCACAUGAAAGUGAAUGCAUAGAAACUGUUCCUCAGGAACCCAUUGGAAUUUCAGGCACCACAGAGUGCUGCAGUAGCAGUGAUGUACCUGAAAAUCCCCCUCCCACCUCAGAAUGGUUAGAAGAUACGCUUAUUGAUCUUUAUUUGUCUGGUUAUUCCAACUUAGAAGCCAAUGCUGCUGAUGAUAUGACAGUCUUUCCCGAAACAGAUGUUGAGUUUGGAUCCAAUGGGAAUAGAGAUAGUCACGAGCUCAAUGAAGGCGAAUUGAUUCUGGAUGACCAUGAUGCUGCAAUUAAAUCAAGUGAAAAUGUUUCUGAUGAAGGUGCUUCAUUGGAUGAAGAGAACUGGCGAGCUCAAUAUGGUCAGGUCAUUCAAUCUGAAGAAGUUUCAAUCCCGGAGUCCUCACUUGUAAGUUUAUGGGACUGGGAAAUUCUCACAAAGCCCAAAAAGGAUGGAAAAGGUGAGGUAGCGAGGCUUGUCGGGAGAUUAGUGAGGCGGUCUGCUAAGCUUCAUCCAUCUAUGCCUUCUGGUGGUGGUCUUCUAAAAACUGCUCCAAUAUGUGAAGUACAUCUUGAUCUGGUACGAGUUAUAACAGGACAAGUCUAUAAGUUGCAGAGCCCCAGUAUACGAUACUUAUCUUCCUUGUCAACUUAUGAUUCUUCCAACCCAACCAAAGAUUGGGGCUUCCCUGAAUUAUCAGUCAACACACAAAUUCAGGCCCUCUCUAAAUCCAGUGCAAACAGUGAAUCAAUAACUGCAGAUGGAGUGGCAGUUAGCAAGGAUUCAUCUUUGUUGCCAGGCCAAAUAUAUGAAAAGCAUGAAAGCUAUACAUAUAGGGAUAGAGCUGCUGAUAGAAGAGCCUUGCACGGUGGUUUCGGUGUGGGUCCAGGACAAAAGAAUUCACUAAUUGGUGAUAGUGAUUCGCCGCCAGGCUCUACAGAAGAAGCUGCAGCAGAGGCCUUGAACAUGUCAUUUGGAGUUGGUAGUUAUGCCAGAAAACUUUUAGAAAACAUGGGCUGGAAGGAGGGAGAGGCACUUGGCAAAAGUACAAGGGGAUUAGUUGAACCUAUUCAAGCACACAGCAACAUUGGUAAUGCUGGAUUAGGGUGGCCUCAUGGAAGAUUUAAGCAUCCCUGAAUUAGAGUGGUCUCAGGGAAGACUUAAACAUUGAUAAUGCUGCGUGUACAUACAUACGGUAGAACUAAAGCAUGAUGAUUU